AUGCCUCGGGAUCCUCUUAUCGGUCUCGUGGGCAAGCCAUCGGCGGGCAAGAGCACAACGCUCAACAGCUUGACCGAUGCCACUUCCAAAGUCGGUGGCUUUACCACCAUCGACCCCCAAAGGGCAAUAGGCUACCUCCAGAUUGACUGCGCUUGCAAGCGCUAUAAUCUCCAGGACAAAUGCAAGCCCAACUAUGGCGGGUGUGUCGACGGCCGGCGCUCCGUGCCCAUUGAACUCCUCGAUGUCGCUGGUCUCGUACCCGGUGCCCAUGAAGGCAAGGGUCUUGGCAACAAGUUCUUGGACGAUCUCAGACAUGCCGAUGCCCUGAUCCACGUCGUCGACGCGAGUGGUAAGACGAACGCCGAGGGCGAGAACACUCGGGGUUAUGACCCCUCGCAGGAUAUAGCUUGGCUGCGCGGUGAAAUCGUGGCCUGGAUCAAGGGCAAUCUGUACCAGCGAUGGGGUUCCAUCAAGAGGCGGCACGUCGCGAUCAAGGCGUCGCCAGUUGAGACACUGCAAGGCCAAUUCUCGGGUUACGGCAGCACCUCUUCGCUCGUAGCACGGACUCUGGAUAAGCUGGCCCUGAAAGAGCCCCUCGAAGACUGGGACGAGGCGACCGUGGACAAGGUCGUCAGUGCCUUUACCGACGAGAAAUUCCCAACCGUCAUCGCCCUCAACAAGAUCGAUGAUGCCGACGCCUACACAAAUCUCAUGAAGAUCAGCAAAAUGUACAAGGACAGCCCCAUUAUACCCUGUUCCGCUAGGGCCGAGCUUUUCUUGAGAAAAAUGGCCAAGCAGGGCUACGUUCAGUAUGUAGAAGGUGGCGACUCUGUGUGGACGAGGCAAGAUCUCAUUGAUGAUGGUGACCCCGAAGGUGGUGGUCUGAAGGAGCUGGAUGAAAAGAACCGGGACAUAAUUGAUGAGUACAAAGACUUGAUCUUGUACCGAUACAAUUCGACCGGUGUCGUCCAAAUUCUUUCCAAAGCAGCAGAGAUUCUGGGACUGGUGCCGGUAUUCCCCGUCCGAAGUACCUCUACUUUUGGAUCGGGGUCAGAUACUCGAUCGGUUUUCAGGGAUUGUGUCCUUGUCAAGAAGAACUUGACUGUCGGGGAAGUUGCCAGGAAGAUUAUGGGCGAUGUGACGAUUGCGUACAUAGAGGGAUCCAACGGAACACGAGUCUCGGAAGAAGACUCCGUGGCUGUUGGAAAGAACGAUAUUCUCUCGUUCAAGGUUGGAAGAGCAUAG